UUUAAUACUGAACACAGUGCUUCUUCAUGAUGUAACAUCUGUUGCCCAGAAUGUCUAUGAUCGCAAUAACAUAUUCAUUUUUGCAUGAUAUAAGAUACACCUAAGAAACAAUAUUAUUUCACUACUGGCAUUUGAAGUAAUUAAACAUUUUAUUAUUGCAUAAAAUCAGGGCGCAGAUAAAAUCAAUUCGAUAAAUUAUUCAUGAUUAUUGUUUUCUUAGGAACUAGAAGCUGAAAAAUCAAUCGACUUGCACUAGAUAUGUAUAGUGGCUAUCUUCAGUGAUUAUAGGAGUCAUUAACCGUCGUAUUUGUUAAACAUUUUUGGCAUUUAAUAAUAUAAUACAUUUGUAUGAAAAAAUGGUUUCUAUUUGUUUUGGAUACAGUUAUGUAAAAGGAUAAAUUAUGACCUAUUCAAAAAUGCCAUUACGUGGUACACCACAAGAGUGGCCAAAGAAUUUUGGCUUUGAAAUCAUCGGACAAGGACCCUGUUUCGUUCUUCAUGUGGAAAAGAAUAGCGUGGCCUACGAGUCCGGCCUACAACCUGGUGAUCAACUCCUGGAACUGGAUAACCACGACGUGACCAACCUCAGUUGUGAAGAGGUCAAAGACCUGGCCCGCCAGAGUCGCACUCAGCCCCCUGCCAUUGGAGUGGUUAGCAGACUGAUGCAUGUGGAUGUUGUUGGUAUUAAACCCAUGGGCCUGGGUUUCAUGGUUCAGGAAGGCUACCCAGUGGUGGUGUCAGCUGUGGAAGAGGGCGGGCCUGCCCAGGCUGUCGGAUUGCGACCAGGUGACAUCAUUAUUGAGGCCAAUGGAAAGUCUGUGAGACAUGUUGGAGAUAUCAAACAGUUCCUUCCAAUCCAUAACAGAACUGUGCCCAUGAGCUUCAUAGCCUUGGGCAAGCCAACAGCAAAGACACAGUUGACGCGAGUGCUAAAACAAGACCAUGACAGAAGUCCUGGCUCUGAAGGAAGUCGCGUCAAGAGGGCCAAGAGUCUCCAUGACCAGAUGAACGAGAUUCUGGGUGAAGAUUACGAGAAAAAGAUGGCUGUGGUUGGGGUACUGAAGCAGUAUGCUGAGGAUCGGGACAUCGACAUGCUUGCCCGAGCUCUGUCUGUCAUCUUGAAAACAGCACAGCACAGGAGCUUGCUUCUGCAAAUCAGGCAGUUUAUUCCACCGCGCCAGCGCAUCAGGUUUGAUGACAUUUCCCGCCAACAGCAACAGUACAUGUCCAAAAUAACAGCAGCCUCAAAAUCUGUGGAAGGGAGUCCUAGAAUUGCUCAUAAGCUUGGACAAAGACGGGCAUUGCAGAUAGUACGGGAAAAUGGCAGUUUUGGAUUUGUAGUCAAGGGCAGUAACCCAGCCUAUAUUGAGACAGUGGAUUCGAAAGGAGCAGCGGAGAAAGCGGGACUUCAGCCUGGGGACUUCAUUGUGAAGCUGAACGGAAUCGAUGUCAGGAAGUGCAGCCAUUCCCAUCUGGUGCAGAUGCUGCAGGAUAGUGGCACUUCCCCCACACUGGAGGUGCUCAGAUGUGAACAUGACCAGUAUCCUGUAGACUCAAGUCGGGAGCUAUCAACAUCAUCUGUCUCAUCCACUUCAAGCCAUGGAGAAUCUGAUUGGCUAACGCAAGGCAACAAACGUAUUGUAGAUAAAGAAGGGAGAAGUUAUCCCGAAAGAGCAGAAUAUUUGCUAACCAAGAAAGAAAGGUAUCACAUCCGUAAGGCUUGGAUUGGCUAUGAAACAACAAGCAAUGUGGUGGACCUGUACACAGCAGUGUCUGUGGUCCUAGACACUCCCUCCAAGAAAACCCUGUGGAUGUUCCUGAUCGCCAGUCUGACUCCCCCUCACCAAAUCUACUGCAUCAACCAGAUCAACCUGCCCAGACAUGUGUUGCUAGAAUGUAUUUCUAAUGAAGGCAGUCCCAGAUCUCAAAACCAACAUAUGCAGUCUGACAAGUAUCCCGCCAGCAGUGCUCAGGAAGCUGGGAGGCGGGGCUUCAAGAUUUCAUCAUUCCAACAACAGGUGGAGUUUCUCCUCACAUUAAGGGAGAGAACUGUACUGAAAAAGUCCCUCAAGAUCUACUCAGAUAGCAGGGAUGUUGAGCGGUUAGUUGAGGACCUGUCUGUGAUACUGGACUCACCCUCCAAGCGCACUCUCUGGAUGUACAUAGUCCCUCUCCUGACCCUCCCCCACCAGCAGGCCGUCAGGACACGCCUGGGGCAUCAACCCUCGGACACCUCGAGCACAACAUCCAACCAAGACCAUUCAAGAAUUAAUCCAACCAGGCAUCAUCAGACUACCUACACAUCCACAUCAGAAGAUGAGCAUGAGCAUCAUUUGAACAAUGGUGACAGAAAAUUUGUUACCAAACAUUCUAAUGGUGGAGGUGUGGACUCAAGUCUCAAGAGAGAGCUCGAGGAGACACGCAGAGCCAUACAGGAAGUGAGAGAGUUCCUGGCACGGGGAAAAGAUAACGACAUGGACCACACCAAGUAUAUCACAGUGAUCCCUGUGGACCAACAGCUGAGAUUGGGGUCCCUUCCUGCACCAAUGGGUGUUCAGCUGCCUGGCCAGACCUUCCCUAUGUACCAUGCAAACUUCUCGCAGCAUUUCCCCAGCGCAUACAACAUCUAUGCACCCAGUCCACCCCAGCGGUUUCCAGCCAGUUUCAAUCAGCCUGAUUCGAUAUUUGGCCCAUUUGCACAUUCUGAAAACAAACCUAAAGAUGACAGCUGGAAUCAUGUUCCUUUUGCUUCCAAUUCUGUGAGCAAUAUGGCCAAUGAAGCUAUGGCGGGUAGGAUGAAAUCACCACCAAGCUUUCUGAUCAGUGGACCAGAAGACAAUGAAAAUCGCCUGAAAAUUCCUGCCAACUUUAUGACUUCUGGAACAGAAAGUGAUAAUGAGUCAGAGUCUACAAAACAAAAGACGCUGAGUUCAAAAUUUUCUAAAAUGGGAGGAGGCACAUUCAAUCGUCAUGCACUGACAGCCCUGAAGCAGCUGGAUGCAGCCAUGGCAGCAGAGGUGUCAGACCUAGAUCACAGUGUGGACCAUGAAGUGGUUGAUAGGCAACUGUUGUCCAUGGCAACAGGGGAGAGCACUUCUACAGCACCACCCCCUCCACCACCACCUCCUCCUCCCGCGGCUCCCCCUCUGCCCAUGUCUAUGGAAGGACCAGACGGGAAGGCCGGUACCCAAAUGAAUGUCAAGCGGAUCAACUGGGAGAAACUGGACCAUCAGCGCGUGGAAAAUACUGUCUGGGAACAGAUUGGUGAAGCAGCAGACUUGCAGGAUGUGGUCAGAUAUCUGGAGCUAGAACAGUACUUCUCCACCAAAACAGGGAAAUCAAAAAUCACAGAAAAGAAAUACGAAGUGUGCAUUUUGAAUCCUAAGAAAGCAUAUAACAUAUCCAUCUUACUUGGUCACCUGAAGCUGUCCCUGGGCGAGGUGAGACAGGCCUUGUAUCUCAUGGAUGAAGCCAUUCUUACCCCUGAACUCCUUCGACAGCUGCUGGCUUAUGCUCCAAACAAAAAUGAGAUGGAACAGCUUGAUUCAUACACAGGAGACAUUGAAGAACUCAGCAAUGCUGACCGCUUCACAUAUGAGAUGAGCCGAGUGCCUGGAUAUGAACAGAGAUUGAAGGCUCUUGUUUUCAAGGGGAAUUUCCAGGAAAAAAUCACUGAAAUGAAAGAACAUCUACACUGUAUUAGAAAGGCAUCCUUAGAAUUGCGUCACAGCAAGAAGCUCUCAAAGAUACUGGAGUUGAUCUUGGCCAUGGGUAACUUCCUGAAUCAAGGCAAUCAGCGGGUUGGGGAGGCAGCAGGCUUCAAGAUCCGCUUCUUGUCUCAGCUUGAGAUCACGAAGACUGUGGACAACAAGUUGACGUUCCUACACGUGCUUGCAGAGGCAGUGUUCAGCAAGCUCCCUGAUCUGGUUGCUGUAGGAGAGGAACUCACCACUGUCCCACAGGCUGCUAAGUUUUCGGACGUAUUACUGAACCAGGAGCUCCAAGACUUAAGGAAAGUUUUACAGGAUAUUUCUGUAACGCUGGAGAAGUUCGGAUCACAGAAAACCAGUCUGGGCAUCAAUGAUAAGUUUCAGGAUGUGAUGGGACACUUCAUAUCGCAGGCCUCAGACGAGAUCCAGGGUUUGUUCCGGCUGAAUGCAAGUACCAUGGAGGCCUUCCAGGCUUCAGUUCAGUACUUUGGAGAGGACCCAAAGAAAGUCACCACCACCGAACUGUUUGGCGUGUUUGCUGACUUUGUGACUAAGUUUGAGAAAGCUCAUCGCUACAACAUGAUGUAUAAGCGUCAUGGAGACAAACUGUAGUCAUGGCAAGUUGGCAACUCAAUGUGAUGCAUCAUGGCGUAGGCAAUGGGUUUUAAUCAACCACUCCAAUAUUUUGUCAACCAUUCAUCAUGUAUUUAUUCCUUCAUUCAAUCUCUAAGAUUGGCAAAUGUUUUCGUUUCAUCUUUAAGAUAGGAAAAUAAUUUUGUUCCAUCGAUAAAAGAUAAAAUUGGAAAAUCAUUUUGAUUCUUGCUUAACAUUUGAACAUUUUGCCUCCCGUUUUUUUUUAGUCACACACGAGUGGGCAUGGUAAAUUAGAUUAUCAUCAAACAUGCAAGCCCUUUAUCUGCUGCAAUCGAACCCUGCAUGUCAUAUAUAAAUUCAGUAAUUGUAAACAAGGACCCCUAUAUCUCACAUUGCAGUGAGUCAGCUUUGUACGGAACAAAAUGUGACAGGAAAUUUUAGCAGUUAGAAUAAAUAUUAUUCAUCAUCUGGAAUUUAAAAUAGGAUUUGAUUCAUGCUGAUUUUUUUUCACAUUUAUAACUAAUAAGUAGAACUCGAUCUUUUUAUAAAUGCAAUGUCCAAAUAUGUCAUAUCUGGUAUGGAAAAUUAUGUAUUUAGCGUCUAAAUAUUUUCAUUAAAUCUGGACCUUGUGGUUGAAACUGGCCUCACCCAGGGCCUGAAAUAGCUUAUAAAGACUUACAUAGCAAAAUAACUUAACAAAUAUCUUCUGAAACCGCAAGGCCAAAAGGUUUAAUAUUCCGUAUGUAAAAUUGUAUUGUGGUUCUUUUCAUACUUUUUUUCAAAUAAUGCCCACAGGGUCUACUAGUUUCUGUUUGUGUACAAUUUAUUUUCUACUUUGGUUUCACUUUUUUAACAUUUUUGUACAAUACAUUAGUAAAAUAUUAGUAUGUUAAAACUCGCAGAAAUUCUAGUCAUCUAUUAUAUUCUUAUUCAACCUCUUGGUUGUAACAUUAUUUCUAGUACCCUGUACUAUAUUUUAUUGCUUUUUAGUCAAUUUUCUAGUGCCAAGUAUAGCUCCUUUAGUAUUGAUGGUUUUGGAAAAAAAAACGUGUAUACAUUUAUAAUUUAAACAAUAUGGUUUGUAAAUGCUGAGUUCAAGAAUAUCAAUGCUCAUCACAGUAUUUUUGGAUUUAUUGCCAUAAGCUUAAUUUUUCAUUAUCAUUUUCUUCUUCUUGUUAAGAGCAGUUUUGUGAAGUUUUUCAGGGAUUUAAAUUAAACUUCAUAUAAGGACUACAAGGACUGUAGCUCUCUACAAAUAAAUCUUGAGUUAUUGAUAGAUUGUUGAAAAGAAAAGAAAAGUUCAGUCACAAGUUCAUAACUUUCUUUUCAUUAUUCAUUAUUAUUUAUCACCCUUCAUUUAUUGUUCAAGUAUUGAGCAUAAAUUCAAGAAUACCGGUAAUAGUCUUUAAGUAUUGAAGGGAAUCUUAUAAAAGUGCAUACAACGCUAUGGAACACUGAGAGGUAGUACAGAAAGCUUAGUAUCAGAACUCUCCAGUAAUACAGUGUUAUUGUUCUAUGUUAAUGUAAUGUCUUUUAAUAAUAAUACAUGUUAUUUAUAAAAAAACAUGUCAGUUUUCUCAAAUUUUGAAAGUUUGGCCACACUUUUAAGAUGAAAACAAUACGUCGUUGGCAUUUGGCUUUUAGAGGGACAGCACUUAAAUUUAUAAUUCAAUAUUGUAAUCCUGUUUGUAUUUUUUUGUUUUACAUAUAGUUCUUGGUAGAUGCAAUCUGAUCUGUGAUUACAUGUAUUAUGUUUUGCACAUGUACGGUUCAUGUAUUUGAUACUUAUUCAAAAACAUUCAGUUUUUUAUGGACAUAUUUUAUUUGUGUCUUUAACAAGGCUUAUGUUAUAGUUCAAUCAAUGUGUUGAUUUUAUUUGCAUUGAAUUAAAGUGUUUAGGCUUAUUUGUGGACUCAUUAUAUUUGUAUGUUAAUAUCACCCAUGUUUUCUAUUUCAAUAAUGUUUUAUUGUAUGAUAAUACGUAUACAACUUCAAAUAUAUGUAGAUAUUUGCUUCAA